UCCUGGCACCCCACAAGAAUUUUAAAAAGUGUUUGGGGGCGGGGGAGGAUUUAAAUGGUGUUAAUAACGGAAGACCAAGGUGAAGGUACAAAUGUUCGAGAGAAUGGAGUGGUGGGGGGAGUUGGACUUUGCAAGAUUGAGUUUGGGACCAAUAUGGUGGCUAUGGAUACACCUGUCAUGUCCAUCACUGCGAUUGACGAAGAUGGGAAUGAAUGUGAGGUAUCAGAGGAGGAUGACCAUGGGGAGACUGAGGUUGAUUACACACGCAACUAUUGGGAGGAUGAGGAUGAUAUCUACCAAGAGUUUGAGGAGUUGGACUUUGAGGCCCUGCCAGAUCGCUCGGACACACGGAGCAUUGCUUCAGAUGACUCCUUCUAUCCCCCAGACAAUUCAGUUGCCUCUCACAUGUACCGCUCACCGAGCCCUGAAAGUCCUGAGCCCAUCUCCUUCUUCAAGGCCUGCUGCAACAACAACGCCAUCAUUGUCAAGAUUAUGAUCAGACAAGGAGUGACCGAAGAGGAAGUGAGGGAGACAGACAGAAACAGAAGAUCUGGUCUGAUUGUGGCGUGUUACCAUGGCUACAUGGACGUGGUCAUGGCCCUGUCUCAGUGCCCAUAUCUGGAUGUCAACUGGCAGGAUAAUGAGGGAAACACUGCUCUCAUUACUGCAGCACAAGCAGGUCAUUCGUUCAUCUCUAACUACCUGUUAAACUACUUCCCGGGGCUGGACAUUGAGAGGAGGAACUGUCAUGGUUUCACAGCUUUGAUGAAGGCUGCCAUGCAGGGGCGGGCUGAGUGUGUCAGGGCUCUCAUGCUGGCUGGAGGUGAUAUUCAGGCACGGGACAAUGGCCGCAGAAUGACACCCAGGGAGUGGGCUCUCUUCACUGGGCGAUACGAGACAGCCAACCUAAUGUAUCGGCUGAUGAUGAAGCCCUGUGCUGAGCAGUUCUGUGACUCCUUCCCCCUGGAAUGGCCCAUGUUGGAGGAGCUGGUGGAGCAGGCCCGAGCACCAAAGUCCUGCUGGAGACGUUUGAUCAACCUUCCCUCCUGCUGCCCUUAUAGGUUUUACAUCAACAACAAGGUAAACCCUGUGGAUGAUGGCGUUCUUGAACACAUGGUUCGUGUCACCACCAGUAUCUCCAGCCCACUCAUUGCCACAGCUUGCCGCUCAGUGUGCCCUGGCAGCCCUCCAUGCAUAGGGAAGCGUCGUCACGCUGUGCAGGAGAUUUUGAGGAGGCAACGGGUGGCUGAGCUGAAGCGCCUGGGCCCGGACAGACUGAACAACUACAAGAGAUUUUUCCAGAACUCACGGGUCCUCCUCAUCCCCAAGGUGAGGGAUCGGAGGGCCAGCCUCCAGCCUCAGCUGAUCAGCGACAUGGCCGCAGCAUCCUCUGUGGCCAUGAGACGAGCCAGUCUCCUGCCACUCAAUAUGCUGAGGAGAAGUAGUGUGCGGCCGGGCAUCGUGGUGCCCAAAGUGAGGCUCUGCAAAGCCCCGGCUCCAAGCUUUAUACCAGAGAAACUCAGGCGGAGCGGUAACCACAACCAGCUCCAGAUACCAAAGUGGGAUUACAAGAUGAAGAGAAUAGAAAGGAGGCAGGAGGAGGAGAGGCAAAGACUGUUACCUCUGACAAGGAGGAGGUGA